UUGCUCAACCUGGCAUUGGAAACUAAGGAUCUUAUGUCAAUAAAGAAUCAUCUCAGAAGUCCUUUAAUAGGCUUCAAUAAGGUGCAGGAAGAAUACUUGGAACGGUAUGCUAGCAGGCUCAUGACCAUCAAAAGAGAAGCUUCAUCUGAAGGACAAGAUCACUUGAGCCGGGAUGAAAUCCAAAAUUACAUUUAUAGAGUCAAUUUGGACAUUCAAGAAGAAAAAGCAAAAUAUCCUUCUUUCUGAAGAAGAAAGAGAUGCAAAAGAAGAGCUACUGACCCAUGCAGAAAUAAAAGAAACCAUCAAUAAAAUCAACAGGCUUGCUGCUACUGAAGAAAUCAAUGCUGUGAUUCGAGAAGGUCAUCCCAGUGACACCAUGACUGCACUCAUGAAACCUGAGGCCCAGCUCCCUCUUGUUCAUCCAUUUGCUGCCAUUAUGUAUCAGCAUGAACUGUUCAACCUUCAGAAACAGAACGCUUUGAACUACCUGGCCCAUGAGGAGCUGUCCAUGACAGUAGAAAUGUUGUCAGCCGUUGCUUUGCUUAACCAGGUAUUGGAAACCGAGGAUCUUGUGUCAAUUCAGAAUCAUCUCAGAAAUUCUUCAUUAGGCUUAAAUAACCUGGAUGAAGACCACUUGGAACGGUAUGCUAGCAGGCUCAUGUCCAUCAAAAGAGAAGCCUCAUCUCAAGGACAAGAUCACUUGAGCCGGAAUGAAAUCCAAAAUCACAUUGAUAAGGUCAAUGUGAAAAUUCAAGAAGAAAAAGCAAGGCUUGCUGCUAUUGAUGAAAUCAAUGCUGUGAUUCGAGAAGGUCAUCCCACUAACACCAUGACUGCACUCAUGAACCCUGCGGCCCAGCUCCCUCCCGUUCAUCCAUUCGCUGCCGUUAUGUAUCAGAAUGAACUGUUCAGCCUUCAGAAAGAGAACUCCUUGAACUAUCUGGCCCCUGAGGAGCUGUCCAAGAUACUAGAAAUGUUGUCAGCUGUUGCUUUGCUCAACCAGGCUAUGGAAAACAAGGAUCUUGUGUCAAUACAGAAUCAUAUCAGAAAUCCUUUAAUAGGCUUAAAUAACCUGGAUAAAGGAUACUUGGGAUGGAAAGGUCAUGUAACAGGCACAAGAAGAAGUCAGCAGAACCUGUGUUUGAGUCCUGUUUCCCCUGCAUGCACCAGACCAAGUGAGCUCUCAGUGUCUAAGGCAACUCUCUGCACUGGUAGAUCUGAUAGCCUUCACCCUCCCUGA